AUGUUUCCAAUCCUCCUUCUUCCGUCAAGGCGCCGCUGCAGCGAUAGCGACAGCGACAACAAAGCAAGCCAUAGUCGUCCACCAAUACGUCUUCGUUGUCGAAGAAAAGAACUGCUGAAGUCUGAACCCGAGUGGGGGGCGAUCCGCUUAUUUAAGCUUCUUCUUGGGGCGGAGCUGGUUGGUGUGGCCGCACUUGCGCUUGCGGCAGUUGGUGGCACGAGGAGGGAGACGAGCGUAGCACUUGCGGCAAAUCAUCUUGUCGCAGUUGAACUUCGACGCCAACGCCUUGAGGGAUGGUUCAAUCAUCUUGACGGAUCUCGAAUGGGCUCCUCGUAA